GCGUGGUGACAGGAUGGUUUUUUUUUUUCCAUCUUAGAGUCUCACGCUGAAAAAAGAGGAAUAAUAGGCUGUGUAAUCUCUUCUACUUCCAAGCUUGUGGGACCUGACUGAAAUAAUGAAGACAAAUGCAGAUGCACCGAGUGACCGUUGGCAUUUAGUAGGAAUCUGUUUCUUUAUCCUUGGCCUGGGAACACUGCUGCCAUGGAAUUUUUUCAUGACCGCCUCAAUGUACUUCAAUAACAGGCUUAACACGUCAGAAUGGAGCAACGGCACCCUUACGGCAACGAAGGAGUACUAUUUCAACAACUGGAUGACGCUGCUAUCCCAGCUGCCCCUGCUGCUCUUCACCUUACUCAACUCCAUCCUCUACCCACGGAUCUCUGAAAGGAUUCGAAUAGCAGGCAGCCUGGUCUUCAUCCUCAUCCUCUUCAUCCUCACAGCGAUCCUGGUAAAGGUUCGAUUGGAGCAAGACCACUUCUUUUCCAUCACCAUGGCGACUAUCUGGUUCAUAAACUCAUUCGGAGCAGUGCUGCAGGGGAGCCUGUUCGGCUUGGUAGGCUUGCUGCCUCAGAAAUACAGCGCAGCCUUCAUGAGUGGACAAAGUCUCGCCGGGACGUUCGCCGCUCUUGCCAUGCUGUUCGCCAUCGCAAGUGAGACAGAUGAAGAAACUGCAGCUCUUGGAUACUUCAUCACUCCAUGUGUGGGGACUCUGGUAACACUGUUCAGCUACGUGCUGCUGCCCAAACUGGAGUUUGCCAGAUUUUACUUCAACAAGAGUAAAGACCAAACCUAUGAGAUCGGUGUUUCUGCUGAGCUUCUGCCUGAAGGAACACAGGAGAAUGGGGAAUUGAACAUUCAGGCCACUGAUUCACUGCCUAAUGGAUCUCCCAGAAGUCCAGAGUGUGAUGGUGCCAAGCAAGCAUUUGUUUGUGUUGACACUGAGCAUGCCAAGCAAGCAAAGGGCUCUGUGUUGGAAGUGUUUAAAAAGAUUUGGGUGAUGGCGUUUUGCGUAACAUUCGUGUUCACGGUUACGCUCUCGGUCUUCCCCGCCGUCACAGUGGACGUGAAAACUGUCUACCCAGGAAAGUGGGAAAGGUAUUUUAUCCCUGUAUGCUGUUUCCUGCUCUUUAACCUGAUGGACUUGACUGGGAGAUCCGUCACCUCUUGGGUGCAAUGGCCCUCUAAAGAGAGUCGGUUGUUUCCAAUACUAGUGGUGUCCCGUGUGAUCUUCAUUCCUCUGCUGAUGUUCUGUAACGUCCAGGGCCGAAGCUUCCUGCCUGUAUUCUUCACCAAUGACUGGAUGUUUGUCAUAAUCAUGCUGCUCUUUUCCUUAUCCAGCGGUUACUUCGUCUGCCUGUCUAUGACUUACGCACCGCAGUUGGCGGGUCCACAAGACGGAGAGACAGCAGGAGCUCUGAUGACGUUCUUCCUAGCUCUAGGGCUUUCUCUAGGAGCUGCUCUGUCGUUCUUGCUGCGGUUCAUUGUAUAGUUUAAUCUGACGCUUCAUGCGAGGUGACCAGGACCGGUUUGUGCCAUCGCUUCCUGACUUGUGAUCUGUUACCAGAAGCACUGCAGACAAAUCAACCUAAUCACUUAAUUCUAUUUAAUGUUUUAGCAGAAGGCUGGAAAGAAAAAGAAAACACUGCCCAAUUUUUGAGAUGUUUUAUUGCACUAUCAAUGUUUAUUUUCUAAAAGGGAAGUCUUGACAAUGAAAGAACAAAAAGGGAAUUGUUUAUUCUUGGGGGGUGGGGGUUUGGAUGUUGAGGGGGAUUCUUAGUUCAGUUUCUACCAAACUCUUCUUACAGAGUAGUUAAAGUUGAAUGGAUUGGUGAGUGAAGCGGUGGAGAGAUGCAAUCCUUUCCUUUCAAUCACAGAAGGACUAUCGUUUCAAGCGUUUUUUUUUUUUGUUUGUUUGUUUUUUGUUUUGUUUUUUUUGGCCGUCUGCAAAUGCUGGAAAUGUAAAUGUAGAAGAAAAGAAAUCGCCAUGGAUGGAUAGGAGAGAGAAUGGGAUCGCCAUGGAUUGGAAAAAGAAUAGGACUCACCAGGGAUGUGUAGGGAUAAAGAAUGGGAAUCAGGAGGGAUGCAUGGGUCGAAAGAAUUAAGAAUUUUGAAUGGGAAAGAAUGAGAAGAUGGAUGGAUGGAUGGACAGAAGGAUGGGAGAAAGAAUGGGACUAUGAAUAGAAGAACUUUAAGAAGAAUGAUUGAUAAAUAUAUGGAUGCAUGGAUGGAAGAAUGGGAAUCUGCAUGAAUGGAGGGAUUGAUGGGAGAAAGAAUGGGAAUCUCCAUAGAUGUACUGGGGAUAGUAAUGGAAGAGAGAGAGAAUGGGAUUUUGCAUGAAAUCCGCCAUGUACCUUCACACUAUGACAAAAAAGAUCCUAUUGUUCAUUUGUUGUUGGCAAACCAGCGGCGGUGUGUAAAACUAGAUGCUGAUUUUUAUUAACUUAUAUCCUAAAGGUACUUAGUACUUGGUACAUAACCUCAGGAACGUUCAUGUUACAUGCCUCGUUACAUUUCAAUGUAAAAAGUGAAAAUUUAUACUGUGCUGUUUUGGUUUUCUUGUUCACAUAAGAAAAAGGAAGAGAAAAAGGGAAGUUUUGGAUUUGUCCGUUAAAAGGAACUAAAUGUUAACUUGUUUUAACCCACAUACACACAGUGAACACCCGAUUAGUGCCCGAAGACGAAGGGAAAUUCAUAUACUGCAGAAUUCUUCUGAUUAUACGCCUCAGGCUAUAUUUAUUAGCUUAGUAGAACACAUUUAUAUACAUAGAUGAUUCAACACUUUUUUUUCCAUGAAGUAUAACCAUGUUUUAAAAAUAGAACAUAAAACUGAAUAACCAUGUUCUAUUCAGUAUUACGUGUAACCGAAAAUGGAAUGUAGUAAUGUAUUUUUUUUGUACUGUAUUGUACAAUACAUACUCAACCUAAACCUUUGGUUUGGACGGAUCGAUUCUUAGAAUAAGGGAAAGACGCAUGGAGCAAUGCACACUACGUGAAUGUAAUUUAUCGUAGAGUAAAUUGAAGGCUUUUAGUGAAGCUCGUCUACAUGGUCAUCGCUGAGAGUUACGGCAGCUCUACACUUCGGCCCUGUUUGUUUCAACUGGUUUGAAACGGACCACAAGAGCCAAGCUGGAUUUUUUUUUUUUUUGUUUUUUUUUUUUUUUUUUUUAUUUUUAAACCAAGCUUUUCUCCUGAAUGCCUGUUCCCAUGGUAGCUUUUAGAAGUGUAAGUGUUUUGUUUCACUUUGCAGCUCUGGGCUAUAAAUCCCAUAUGCAAAUUCUGUGCAGUGGUAAAAGAUUUUUGUUUAGUGUGUGUUUUCAUGAUUUAUUUAAUUGUUUUAUGACUGACAAAAUCUCUACUUUGUUGAACCUAUAAAUGCUCAAUGAAGGUUUUUUAAAGACACAUUUUGUGAGAUUUUUUUUAACAUUUAUGGUAAAUAUCCUUAACUAUAAGCAACUUACAUUUAUCUCCUAACUUAUAUUUUUAUCUACAACUGAGCAAUUGAGGGCUGAGGUACUUGCUCAGGGGCCCAGCAUGUGUAACUUACUGUUGUUUUUUUUUUUUGUGAUUUUAUGCUGACUCGAAGCAGGUUUGUUUUAAACUUUAAGCGAGGUGAAAAUAAAAGGAUUAAGAUUCUCCUUAACCUUUAUCAUAUCUUUGUGAGAAGUAAGAGGUGUAUCCUGAACUGAUUUCUAUCCAGUGAAUGAAUGUAUGUUCCAAUCACUUUGUAAACAAAAACCUUUUUUAUUCAGAAGGAUGUACACCUUGAUCUGUAAGUUAACUUGUUUAUCUGUAUGUGAACUUGUUUCUGUGUGUGAGACAUUGCAACACCUUGUGUGUUGAGUUGCAACACCCCAAUAAUAUGCAGGUUACUCGUCCCUCUAGUGGUUCUUGACUAUGUAUAUAUACAUAUUUGAAAGCCAUUGGAUUAAAAAAAGUGAAUUGCUGAAAUAAAAUGCGAUUUCUUGUCUGUUUUAUGAUGUGAGGUAAAAUAAAA